ACACGCUGGCCAUCGCAUACACGCAUGAAGUAUGAGCGCUUUCCCGGAUCCCUUCACUGUUGACCCCGUAGCCAGCAUGUGGUAGAAAACAAAAAAUUGCACCCGGCUGAAAUCCUCUAGAGAAUACAUGAGAUUGGAUAUCCAAGCAGACAAUAAAAACAUCGACAAAGGAAGCACAGCGCACCAAAGCGUACGAUCACACAAACACUCAAGCAUUUUUGCCACAUGCAAGGGUUCCAUAAAGGCAGAACUAAAGCAUAGCAGUGGGACAAAAAACAACACCAAGCUAGUCGGUUUAUUCCUAUGUUAGUUGAAGUCAGUCUGCAUAAGUUAUUAAAAAGUGUAUACAAAAACAAACACUCCAAAGAAUUCGACACAGAGAAAAGGAUUGCUUGGCAUCAUCAUGUUACGUCAUGUCACCACCUUCCUGGUCUUAGUCUUCGCUCAAGCCGUCUUCUUGCUCCCCAAGGUUGACGUAACAGGCUUCAGACAACACGAAGGGCCUAUGCUAGGAAUAAACGAGAUCCCCGAUUUGUCGACCAGAGUUCUAGAUUAUAAGGUCAACGUAAGUUUAAAAUUGCCGAUCUUCAAGACGGAUACAAGAUUUUUGUCCCACAACGUCGAGAGUGCCAUCUUCAAUAAGACAAACUUCAACUUCAGCUCAACCAAGUUGCAGACUCUGAUGAGGGGACUGGCACCAGCUUACCUACGUGUUGGUGGCACGAGUUCCGACUUCGUCACCUUCCAAAAUCCAUGCAAAGAAGAAGUAGCCAAACGCAAUCAUCAUAAACAGACAAUUUUAUGUCCACAGGAUUGGAUUAGACUGAAUGACUUUUGUUUGGCUACUGGUUUGCACCUCGUCUACGCCCUCAACCAGUUGAAACGUACAGAGGAUGGACAAUGGGACCCGACUAACACGGAGAAGCUCCUAGACUUCAACACGUACGAUGUGCCUGCAUGGGAAUUAGGGAACGAACCCAACAGCUACCUAAGUCACGCAAACAUCAGUCUAUCCGGAGAACAGAUUGGCCAGGACUUCAACGUCUUAAGAACCAUCUUCAACAAGAGAUCCAACUAUCGCAACGCCGUCAUUUUUGGUCCAGAUAUAAACAUCAGAGGAGCCAUAGUUACAACAAUUUUUCUGGAAAGAUUUGUUGCGGCAACUAACGCAACGAACGGUACGACCUUUCACUGCUAUUACCUCGAUGGCAGCACUGCUACCUUGGAUGACUUCAUUGACCCGGAAGUACUUGAUGUUCUUCCGGGUGAAAUCAACCUAAUUAAAUCUACGGUUGACAAGUACUAUGGGAAAGAAGCUAAACCGAUGCUGGGAGAAACGGGCAGUGCCUACAAUGGAGGAGCCAAAAAUCUAUCUGACAGAUACGUUGCAGGAUUUAUGCUCCUAGAUAAGCUUGGGAUGAGUGCUAAGAUGGGGCUCGAUGUCGUCAUGCGUGCUGCCCUGUACGGCAGUGAUUACACGAUGCUGGAUCUCGACAACCUCGACCCCAAACCGACUUAUUGGUCCGCUUACAUCUACAAGCGUCUAGUCAACACCACAGUACUUGAAGCAAAUGUAGUCAACACAAACUCGAGUAAAGAUGAUCGCAUUGUGCGUGUGUAUGCACACUGUACAUCAACAGAAAAAAGUGGCUACGACGCAGGCGCAGUGACCCUGAUCGUCAUGAAUUUGCAUAAGGGCCACUCGGCGAACAUCACGCUCCUUCAAGAGCUCUAUGGACAAGACGUGGAUCAGUAUUUACUAACGCCGCAUGGGCCGUUGGGCAUGACGUCAUUACAAAUAGAGCUGAAUAACAACUUGUUGGCGAUGGUCGAUGACAGGACAUUACCGGAAAUAAAACAUGUUCGACUCAAAGGAGGGCGUCAGCUAGUUCUACCACCCCUGUCCUAUGGGUUCUACGUUGUCAAUAAUGCAAAGGCAGAAUCCUGUAUUGGAUGAGAACUACAGCGAUUGAGAGAGAGAUAGAGCGCCAAUAAUGUUAAAGAUGCUAUGUCAGAUUUUUGGCCGAUUUGACCCCAAAACUUUGAUUUAAAAUUCAAUAGGUAUUUUGA